AGAACGUGUAUUCGGAAUUUUGUGAAUUGAUAAAAUCUAUUUAAAGUCAGAAAAUCUUUAAAUUGUUUCUUUUGUCUAUUUCGUCAAUUAACAUGGCCAAUCCAAAAGUUUUCUUCGAUGUUGAUGCCGAUGGUGAAAAUCUCGGAAGAAUUGUCAUGGAGUUACGACCUGAUGUUGUACCAAAGACAGCCGAGAAUUUCCGAGCUUUAUGCACCGGAGAAAAGGGUUUCGGUUACAAGGGAUCGUCCUUCCAUCGAGUUAUUCCUAACUUCAUGAUUCAAGGAGGUGAUUUUACCAAUCACAAUGGAACUGGUGGUAAAUCAAUCUAUGGUGAGAAAUUCGCUGACGAAAAUUUCCAACUUAAGCACACUGGCCCAGGUAUUCUUUCCAUGGCUAAUGCAGGUCCUGGAACUAAUGGAUCACAAUUUUUCCUCACCACUGUUAAAACCACUUGGCUAGAUGGUAAGCACGUAGUCUUUGGCAGUGUUGUCGAUGGCAUGGACGUUGUCAAAAAGCUCGAAGGCUUUGGAACCCAAUCUGGCAAACCCAAGAAGAAGCUCACUAUCACCAAUAGCGGUCAACUUUAAGCCCUAACAAUUGCAGUAGUGAUUAGAAUAUAGAUCCACACACACACUAAUCAAACCAUCACCAAACCGAACGCAAAACCAUAAUCAAUAUUACCCCGUAAUUAAAGAAACUCCCAAAACUCUUAAUCUCAUGUUUGAGAUUAAAUCCCCAGAUAGAAACCCAAUAGAUUGAAUUACAAACUUUGUUCAGGAUCUUUUUUUUAAUAUCUUUUCACUUUGUCUCUCUUCCCAACCAAACACAAAAUAAAUAAACUUUUCAAAACCAAGAAAA